AUGUUUUAGUUCGCCAUUGAUUCAAUAACUUUCGAUUAGAUAAUUGAUUAAGUCCUCAAACCUCAAACAAAAAUUCUAGAUAACAAAUAAUUCUUUGAUGAAAUGUCUUUUGAAAAUUAUUUGAAUAAGUAAUAUGGAUUUUCAAUUUUAAACUCCUAUGAUCAACAACACGACGAUGAUUCUCCAUAAAAUGUUAACUAUCUAGAUUAAAAUCAAAAUUUCAUGAAUGUUUAAGAAGAUUAAUUUCAAAUAAAUCCUAAUAAUUCUCAGGAAAAUGGUCAGGAAUACUAUUUAAUGUUUGAUUCCCAUGAAUCCCUUGAGCUACUUAAGAUUUAAAAAGAAAUUCACUUAAAAUCAGUAAAAAGGAAGGAUGUCGCGUUAAAAACAGCAAUUAGAGAGAUAAGAAGAACAUAUCUCUAGUAAUUCAAUGAAAAUAGAAAAUAUUCAAGUGUGAGCAGAAAUCGACAUUAAAAAUAUUAUCUAUUCGCAAUCUAAAGGUUUGUCGCAAAACUAUUUUAAAGCUCAUUUGGAUUUGAAGAAAAGUAAAUUGAUGACCCAGCCUUAAGUUAAAAUUAGUUAUUCAAUGAGCUGGUAUUCUUUCUUGGAUCAACUUUUUAUCCAAAUAAAAUGAUGAGACUAAUUGAUGAUGAAAGUGGAAAAAAAAUAAUCAAAUUGAUUGAUGUUUCUAUCCAUCAGUUCACCUAUCAAAGAUUAUGCUUUUUGUGUAAAUGGGAUGCUUUUAAACAUAUCUUCCAGCAUUACUUAGAUGCUUUUAACCUCAAAUAAAAUUAAAAAAAAUAGCAUAUUGCUUCAUCAAGCGAAAACUUCGAGAAAAGUAUCAACUUUCUAAAAGGAAUGAUAUUGAGGUGA